AUGAGCAAGGACUGGCAUCAGUUAGAGCGCAGCAGCAAUACCAACGCCAGAAACAACAAGGCACGUGAAGUGAGGCACUAUUUGUGCAACCUGUGGCCUCAGGCUCUAAAUCAGACUGUACUUGAUGCCGGUGACUCCGCGUUUGUCGCUUCAACCUACCAAAGAAAACGACUUUAUUAUUUGCUCGAGCAACAAAAGACAAGACGAGAAGCUAGAGAUGCGCUGAAGGACCUAGAAAGGCUUCACGGGAAAUUCAGAGUCGCCAUUAAACAGGGAAGAAGUUUUUCUGUAAGCGAAAAACUGAGGCCUUGA